AUGCUCAACACAGUGCUUAUCAUGCUUCUCGUGCCGACGGCAGGUUUUGGUGCCAGAUACAGUAAGACUGGCUGUGGUGCGGAGAAACGUUGGAGUAAUUCUGAGAACUUUAGAUUCUCAUCUUGUCAAAGGUUGGUCUAAUUCUGAUUGUGUUCGCCCUUGGCAACAAGCUCAGAUGAGUAAGCCGACACUCAGAAUCCCGUCUAGAGCAAUUGAAUGCCAUCCAGAAGAUCACGUAAGUACAAAGAAGGAAGGAGAAAACGAAUGAAAAAGACGUUCAGAAUUGUCCUGCCGGAAGGAAUCCAGUAUGCCAGUACUCCAUGCGCAGUCAGAAAUACGUGUGCUGCGAAGACAAAAGGGAUGCCGACAUUCCGAGUGAGUCGGCCGUCGGAUGUGCGAUAUCUCUUGACACAUAACCGCCCUCCACGUGUCAAAGAGAUCUACCGCCCUUUCCGGUUCCGCCUAGUCACUCUUCCCAUUGCAGCGUGCCCCAAAUACUACGAAACACUUCUGCUGCCAUGCGGGAGUUCCGUUGACUCUCAGUGUCCACGUGGAUAUCGUUGCCUCGGCAGUCUCGGUGACGAUUCCAUAAAACUAUGUUGCAAGCCGAACAGAACGCUCGAGUACAGAGAGCCAGAGCACAGUGGGUUGAACUGAAGUGGCGGUGUUGCUGACAGACGGUUUUCAGCGUUCCGCGAGAAUCGAGUAGUGCCUCGUCUUCUUCCCGUCGCGCCUGCUCACGAAUUGAUUGUGGGACUCUUUAGACGGAUAAUUUUAUAAGACAUCGAAAAUUGCAGGCAACUUUCAACGAUGAACAAAUCUCUAUGGGACAGUUAUUCGACGCUUCCGUGCUUGAGAGACUUGCGGAUCCGCCAGUAAUGACCGCGGGAGUAGAACUUCAGGACGAGAAGCUCUAUACGAUCAUACUCGCCGGUUCGUUUCACGUUUUCAUAUAAUUCAAAAACGAUCAUCUACAGAUGCCACAUCGAAGUCGGUCACUUGGCUCGUCGCAAACAUCGCCGCUUUUGACGGACAGCUUGAAAUUCACAGAAGAACAAAAUCGGCUGUCUCUUAUCAGCCACCAGACUCAACUGACAAGCCAGUUGGUAAAUACGCGCGUUUUCUCAUUUCAAAAACCGCUAUUUCAAAUGCUUUCAGGAAUGCAUGUCAUGAUUUUAGCUCUUUUUGAGCAGAAUGACACGUGGUCGCAAAAGGAUUUGGCUACGAUCGGAUUGGACGAGUUUUCGUUUGGAGAAUGGCUGGAUGAGUACGCGCAUAUUCUCCCGAACAGACCUCUGGCAGCGACAUUUUACGGAUAUUCUACGAGAAAAGACGACAGAAAGAGAAUUUAA